UUAUUCAGUAUGGCGUCUAAGUCCCUGCUACUCCUUCCGGCAUUGGCCACGGCCGCUCUGGGGAAUGUAUUGGACCUCGAUAUUAAGGUCCGAAAUGGUUAUAGGACCAUCGAGGUUGACCUCGGAACCCCAGGAGGCCCGUUUGAUUUGAUGUACGACACUGGAUCAUCAACGCUCUGGGUGCUCGAUAGCAAUUGCACAGAUGAUUGCGUGAACGUGAGCGGCUACCCUCGACACAGCUAUAAUCUCACUUCUACCGGCGUCAACUUGGGUAUCGAAGACAGCAUUGAUUACAGCGGGGGCACCGUCAGCGGCUUUACUGCCACGGAUAUUCUCACCGUGCCAGACACUGACGUCUCCUAUCGCCAAACCUUUGCGGUCAUCACCGACAGUACCUGGGCGGCAUUGGCAGCUGAUGGGUUCAUUGGUUUGGCAUCCUCCACCAUCGCUUUCAAAAAUACCACGUCCGCCUUCGAACAAAUGAUGCAGGAUGGACUUCUGGAUGAACCUCGAUUUGCCCUAUACGCAGGUUCCGGUGUGUCGACCACGUCGAAUCCUGAUCCGGAGAACAACGGUGUGUUUACUUUCGGUGGUAGCCAUGAGGAUAUCUAUGCGGAUGGUGAUCUGCAGUGGAUGACUAUGCUCUCCCCGUUCGAAAUCUACAAAACAAAUAUCCUUGGCAUUCAAGGGCACAACACCUCCAAUGGCCAGAACAUGUCAAGCGAGGUCCUAAACUGGUACGGCCAGGUUAUUUUCGACACUGGCGCUUCGUCGAUAAGCGUCCCCAACGACCAGAUUGAGGCCAUGUAUGCUCUAACCCCGUUUUCUUACGCCGAUAUCUCAUCUGGAUACCGACCUCUGUGCUCCGAUUUCAACGAUACAUGGUCUAUCUCUUUUACAAUGGGCUUCUACGGCGAGGGCGUUACCUUCAACUUGACCGGUGAUCAGCUGGCUGUACCAGGGUAUCAGGACGACGACCAUUGCUUCCCUCCUUUCAAUCCGUGGGACAGCUACAAUACUAUCAUUGGACAGCAUUGGUUGAGCAACUUCUAUGCUGUUUUCGACUUUGGAUCUUUUGAUCCUGACACAUACAAUAUCCGUGUUGGGUUGGCUCCUUUGAAGAAGGAAUACCUGCCCAGAGCUUGAACCACGCUCUUUCAUUCAUCUAAGAAUUUGCUACAAAUUUACAGCGCGAAGGUGAAUAUCUAAACCUUACGGAGGGGUACUUAGUACGUUGAGUUUGUGUAGUAAUUAGAAUAUCAUUGAAUAUUCCGG